UUAGUAAAAUUUAGCUUAGAACACAGACAGAAGCAUUUUCUCGGAUCUGAGAUCUUUAGAUCCGAACAUCGUUUAUUUCAAAUUGUUGAUUCAUUUCAAGGUCUUAAAAAAAAGUUUUUGAGGGAUCCCAGCCAUGUCAAGAAGGCAAGUAAGGCGUGUAGGGGAUAGUGGAAGCUUCCCAUUUGUAGGAGCUUUGCAUUCGAAAUCGCGUUCGUCUCCUUUGUUAUCUGUUUGCCUUGUUCUCGUGGGAGCAUGCCUUCUCAUUGGUUAUGCUUACAGUGGUCCAGGUAUGUUCAAAAGUAUCAGAGAAGUCAGCAAGAUCACAGGGGACUACUCUUGCACAGCAGAAGUUCAAAGAGCCAUUCCUGUUCUUAAGAGUGCGUAUGGAGAUACCAUGCGCAAAGUCUUGCACGUGGGUCCCGAAACAUGCUCAGUCGUCUCGAGUCUGUUGAAUGAAGAAGAGACGGAAGCAUGGGGUGUUGAACCGUAUGAUGUGGAGGAUGCAGAUUCUAACUGCAAAAGUCUUUUGCACAAAGGCCUUGUACGUGUGGCUGACAUCAAAUUCCCUCUGCCUUACCGGUCAAAGUCGUUUUCUCUUGUGAUCGUCUCAGACGCAUUGGAUUACCUCUCACCCAGGUACCUGAACAAAACCGUGCCUGAACUUGCACGGGUCGCUUCAGAUGGUGUCGUUCUUUUUGCAGGUAACCCUGGUCAACAAAAGGCUAAAGGUGCGGAAUUGUCGAAAUUUGGACGACCAGCUAAAAUGCGUAGCUCGUCCUGGUGGAUCCGUUUCUUCUCACAGACGAACUUAGAGGAAAACGAAGCAGCAAUCAAGAAAUUCGAACAAGCAGCUUCCAAGAGUUCAUACAAACCAGCUUGUCAAGUUUUCCACCUCAAGCCAUUACAUUAGUACACACUAGAUAUUAUUAAUUUACUGGUCUUAAGAUAUCAAACCAGAUAUAUCUCCUCUCUGUUAAAUGCCUUUUUCACUAUAGAAAGAAACAAAACUCCCACAAAUUGUAACCCAUUCUCAACGAUUUGAUUCAUAAUUUAACUAUUUAAAUAAA